GAUCUUAGUUAUUACCUUCAAAUUUUGACAAGAUCUUUAUUUCUCUUUCUCUACUGGUGAAAUGAGUAGGAGAUCCUGUAUUUUCUGGGACUUUUCUUUUUUCGAAAAAUAUUGAACGUUUUCAAAACAAUAAAACCUCGAGUGGAUUGGGGGGAGUUCACUGUUCUUGUUUCCGUGUUAUAAAUACCAAUUUUUGGGGGGAGAGAGAGAGAGUUUAGUAAAGUUACACCAUUGGGGAUGAAAAAGAUAGAAACCUUCUGACGAGUUUGUGCCCACACGAUUCUUGCAGAUAUGGAGAAGCUAUGAAGGUUUGAUCAGCUUAUAUCUUUCUAGCAGCUAUAUCCACAUGUCAAGUGGACUAUAAUUAUUCAGAAUAUAUUUGUUGAGAAAAAGAGUUCCUCAGAAAGAGAGAUAUUUUUCUCCUUGUUUUAAUUCCCUCCUAUUUGUUUUGGGGAUUAAAUGUCGUUCCGCAACAUAGUUCGUGAUGUAAGGGAUAGUUUUGGGAGCUUGUCCAGGCGGGCUUUUGACGUCAGGCUGUCUGGUCAUCACAGGGGAAAAUCACAUGGUUCAUUUCAUUAUUUGAAUGACCAGCCUCUGGUUGUUCAGAACAGCCAAUGGGCUAACCUCCCUCCAGAGCUGCUUUAUGAUAUAAUUAGAAGGUUGGAAGAGAGUGAAAUCACUUGGCCUGCUCGAAAGAAUGUUGUUGCAUGCGCUGAGGUUUGCAGGUCUUGGAGGAGUAUGUGUAAGGAAAUUGUUAGAAAUCCAGAGUUUUGCGGGAAGCUUACUUUUCCAGUUUCCCUUAAACAGCCAGGACCUCGUGAUGGAACCAUUCAGUGCUUCAUCAAAAGGGAUAAAUCAAAUUUAACUUAUCAUCUCUUCCUGUGUCUUAGCCCCACUUUGCUUGUCGAAAAUGGGAAGUUUCUUCUCUCUGCAAAAAGAACUCGGCGAACCACUUGCACAGAGUACGUUAUCUCAAUGGAUGCUGAUCACAUUUCAAGAUCAAGCAGUACUUAUAUUGGAAAGUUGAGAUCAAAUUUCCUCGGCACAAAAUUCAUAAUAUAUGACACUCAGCCUCCAUAUACUGGUGGUGCCCAUAUAUCCCAACCUGGCCGGACAAGCCGUAGAUUCCAUUCUAAAAAAGUGUCCCCAAGAGUCCCAACCGGCAGCUACGACAUAGCCCAGAUCACAUAUGAGCUGAAUGUGCUUGGCACACGAGGUCCACGAAGGAUGCACUGCAUCAUGCACUCGAUCCCCUUCUCAGCACUUGAUGCAGGUGGUGCAGUGCCUGGCCAACCAGAGCUUCUACCCCGUUCUCUUGAGGACUCAUUUCGCAGCAUUUCCUUCUCAAAGUCUCUUGACCACUCAGUCGAGUUUAGCAGUUCACGAUUUUCUGAAAUUAGUGGAUCUACAAUAAUGGAGGACAAGGAUGGGAAGCCAAGACCCUUAGUUCUCAAAAACAAGUCCCCGAGAUGGCAUGAACAGUUGCAGUGUUGGUGCCUGAAUUUUCGAGGACGAGUGACUGUUGCUUCUGUCAAGAACUUCCAGUUGAUUGCCGCCCCACCGCCAGUUGCUCAAGCACAACCAACUUCUCAACCAGCAGCCCAACCAGAGCUUGACAAAGUCAUCCUCCAGUUUGGCAAGGUUGGCAAAGAUAUUUUUACAAUGGAUUAUCGAUAUCCCUUAUCGGCAUUUCAAGCUUUUGCCAUCUGCUUGAGCAGCUUUGACACCAAAUUGGCUUGUGAAUAGAAAGAGAAACAUAAGCACUAGGGUGGUAAGAAAAGAGACAUAGAAAGUAUAUAUAGCAAUGGCAUUGCUGCCUUUGUUUUAUGUUGUUGUUUUAUCUUCUUCCCUUGCUCACUUUGUAGAAUAGGAGAUUGUUGUUGAUCUGACUAUGUUGUUGUAGAAGUCAAUUUCUAAGUGACCCUGUUCUGAUCACAGGCCUCACACCAUUGC